AGGGGUAUGGCUUAGAUGUUGGAUGACAGGGAUGGCUCUGUUGAAGGCAGGAUUUCAUAACUAACAAUAAUUUUCUUUGUAAUUAAGGACCUGACUCAUAUACUGAAACAGUAAAGGUACCCUUUGAAAUAAUGUUUAUUAGUCAUCUGAUAAGGUUUUAUUAAAAAUUUGGAUGAUUUUUCCUAAAUGUCCAGUUAUUUAGAAACUUGAAAGUUUUUAGGGUAGGGAAAGUGGUCACAGAAAUAUGAAUAGCUUUAGGGUUUGGCAAGUAUGAAGUGUUACAAGCCCCAACUUUUAGUAUAUUUUAUGUUUUUGCAUGUGGCAGUUUUAUUUAUGCCAGUCAUUGACCCUGGCUUUUUAGGGGGAAGGAUUUUAAUUACUUUUCUUACUGUAAUUAUUGUAGUGCUUUAUGCUUACAAAAGGCAUAAUAUGGGUCUAAGGUAUUUCUAUACAGGCAGCAUUAUGAAUUAGACCUAAUAACCUAAUUCAGUAGAGCGUUUAUCUUUAGGCAUUAUUUCCAGGUCCUUUCCUUACCAGUUAGAGGUGCACUUUUGAGUUUUGUAAUAUGGUCUAUUUUGAACAGUUUUGAAAAGAGGUGGCUUUAGUAUCAUUUAUAGCACUUAAGCUUGCUACUGAUACUUAAAGGAAAAUGCCGAGAUUCAUCAGAAAGCAUCUGUUCUGUCAAGCAUAGAAAAACAUUUCACUCUGAGGUUGCCUUUAUCACAAAAAGAGAAAUCACUUUAGAAAUUAAUGUGUGGAAGGCAUUAGGCUGAAUAACAAUGUUUUUCACAUUGAUCUUUCAGCUACAAUUACAAUUGACUUCAAAGACUGAGAAUUUGUCUCUUCCAGGAGAAAAACCAUAAAAUUCAUAAAUUCGAUUUUAGUAAAAUUUAAGUGUCUGUUGUUCAGUGAUUUUCUUAAUUCAGGACUGAAAAAUAUCUCAUUGACUUAUUGAAGAUAAUUUAUUUAAUGAUUGACAAAUGACUGUUUUGAUGAGGCUUAGAAGAUAACAAUAAUAAAUUAUUUUCAGUCUUCCAGAAAAUUUUUCUCUUCCUCUCCUUGAUUUCUAUAACCUCAACAAGAAAGCAUUAGGAAAAAAAUAUUCAACAAAAUCAAACCUGAGUCAGUGCCUUUAUUCUCUCAGAAAUACUGCCUGAUGAAAAGGAAGAGAAGGAAAUUACCUUUUUGAAUCUUAAAAAAAAAAUCUUACAAUGUCUGUCUUCUAGCUAACAUAAAGAAUAAAAUUACAGGGUUGUUUUAUAAGUUGUGUGUUCCAAAUAUAUUUUUGUGUGGACUCUUGUUUCCCUUUAGGGCGGGAGUCUUCUCAAAAUUUUUGUGUCGCUGUAUAAUUCCCACAGAUGGACAUUUCUAGUAGAAAUUUAGGAAAAUUUUAUAAUGAUAGAUUUGCACAGUCUAAGGGAUACAUGGUUUUUGUUUGGGGGUAGAUGAUAAUACCUAGUAAAUACCACCUGCUUCUUCCAUCCAGGACCCAGAUUGGCUAUGAAGUGUGUUAUUUUUAGGAUUCAUAGUAUUUGAAGAUUGAUUUUUGGUGCACUUAUUAUGAAUAAUUAGUAUUUUUUUCCCUCUCUUUUAAGGUGCUUUAGGAUUUGGUGCCUGUUCCAAUCUGAGACUACCACAAUAAGACAAGGAAGGGCAAUGUCAUGGGUUGGUACAGUAGGCUUCACUAGACUUAGCUGCAACUCAGAAUUUCUCCUCCAGCACCUGAGUAAAUGCUGAUGGUCUUGUGGAGAGUGGAUUAAGAGUACGAGCUAAGUUCUCAAUCCCAAUUAAGAAGCGGAGGAAAAUUUAAACUGUCUCCUUCAAAGUUUAUCACAACCACCACCAUCAAGACAGCAAACCAAAGGACAAAGACUUUGACCUGCUGUAUUGCUCUGUGUAGUCCAGUUCACGUAUGGUUUACAGACUUGACUGGGGUUACUAAUGAGUAAAUAAAAAGUCGGACACUUCUGUCAUUGGACACUUUUAUUCACAAAGUUACCAAAAUGAGGGCUGUACUGGAGACAGCAGACAUUGCCAUAGUGGCCCUGUAUUUUAUCCUGGUCAUGUGCAUUGGUUUUUUUGCCAUGUGGAAAUCUAAUAGAAGCACCGUGAGUGGAUACUUCCUGGCGGGGCGCUCUAUGACCUGGGUAGCAAUUGGUGCCUCUCUGUUUGUGAGCAAUAUUGGGAGUGAGCACUUCAUUGGGCUGGCAGGAUCUGGAGCUGCAAGUGGAUUUGCAGUGGGCGCAUGGGAAUUCAAUGCCUUACUGCUUUUGCAACUUUUGGGAUGGGUUUUCAUCCCAAUUUACAUCCGGUCAGGGGUAUAUACCAUGCCUGAAUACUUGUCCAAGCGAUUUGGUGGCCAUAGGAUUCAGGUCUAUUUUGCAGCCCUGUCUCUGAUUCUCUAUAUCUUCACCAAGCUCUCAGUGGAUCUGUAUUCGGGUGCCCUCUUUAUCCAGGAGUCUUUGGGUUGGAACCUUUAUGUGUCUGUCAUCCUGCUCAUUGGCAUGACUGCUUUGCUGACUGUCACCGGAGGCCUUGUUGCAGUGAUCUACACAGACACUCUACAGGCUCUGCUCAUGAUCGUUGGGGCACUCACACUUAUGAUUAUUAGCAUGAUGGAGAUUGGCGGGUUUGAGGAAGUUAAGAAAAGGUACAUGUUGGCCUCACCCAAUGUCACUUCCAUCUUGUUGACAUACAACCUUUCCAACACAAAUUCUUGUAAUGUCCACCCAAAGAAAGAUGCACUGAAAAUGUUGCGGAAUCCAACAGAUGAAGAUGUUCCUUGGCCUGGAUUCAUUCUUGGGCAGACCCCAGCUUCAGUAUGGUACUGGUGUGCUGACCAAGUCAUCGUGCAGAGGGUCCUAGCAGCUAAAAACAUUGCUCAUGCCAAAGGCUCUACUCUUAUGGCUGGCUUCUUGAAGCUUCUGCCAAUGUUUAUCAUAGUUGUCCCAGGAAUGAUUUCCAGGAUACUGUUUGCUGAUGAUAUAGCUUGCAUCAACCCAGAGCACUGCAUGCAAGUAUGUGGAAGCAGAGCUGGGUGCUCUAAUAUUGCUUACCCACGUCUGGUGAUGAAGCUGGUUCCUGUGGGCCUCCGGGGAUUAAUGAUGGCGGUGAUGAUUGCAGCUCUGAUGAGUGACUUGGACUCUAUCUUUAACAGCGCCAGUACCAUAUUCACCCUCGAUGUGUACAAACUCAUCCGUAAGAGUGCAAGCUCCCGGGAACUAAUGAUUGUGGGGAGGAUAUUUGUGGCUUUUAUGGUGGUGAUCAGCAUUGCAUGGGUGCCAAUCAUCGUGGAGAUGCAAGGAGGCCAGAUGUACCUUUACAUUCAGGAGGUAGCAGAUUACCUGACUCCCCCAGUUGCUGCCCUGUUCCUUCUGGCAAUUUUCUGGAAGCGCUGCAAUGAACAAGGGGCUUUCUAUGGUGGAAUGGCUGGCUUUGUUCUUGGAGCAGUCCGUUUGACACUGGCCUUUGCCUACCGUGCCCCAGAAUGUGACCAACCUGAUAACAGGCCAGGCUUCAUCAAAGACAUCCAUUACAUGUAUGUGGCCACAGCAUUGUUUUGGGUCACAGGACUCAUUACUGUAAUUGUUAGCCUUCUCACUCCACCUCCCACAAAGGAGCAGAUUCGUACCACUACCUUUUGGUCUAAGAAGAGCCUGGUGGUGAAGGAGAGCUGCUCCCCGAAAGAUGAACCAUACAAAAUGCAAGAGAAGAGCAUUCUGAGAUGCAAUGAGAAUAGUGAGGCCAUCAACCACAUCAUUCCCAAUGGGAAAUCUGAAGAUAGCAUCAAGGGCCUUCAGCCUGAAGAUGUUAAUCUGUUGGUGACCUGCAGAGAGGAGGGUAACCCAGUGGCUUCUUUAGGUCAUUCAGAGGCAGAAACACCAGUAGAUGCUUAUUCCAAUGGGCAAGCGGCUCUCAUGGGUGAGAAAGAGAGAAAGAAAGAAACAGAGGAUGGAGGCCGGUACUGGAAGUUCAUAGAUUGGUUCUGUGGCUUUAAAAGUAAGAGCCUCAGCAAGAGAAGUCUCAGAGACCUGAUGGAGGAGGAGGCUGUUUGUUUACAAAUGUUGGAAGAGCCUCCAAAAGUUAAACUAAUACUAAAUAUUGGACUUUUUGCUGUGUGUUCACUUGGAAUUUUCAUGUUUGUUUAUUUCUCCUUAUGAACUUUUAAGGAUAUGAUGAGACACUAACUUAAAAAAAUACUGGUCUUUGAAAAAAAACUUAAUGUAACUGUCGCAUCUCUCAGGCAUUGUUUACGCUGUAGGUUUUAGCUGAAUUUUACUUAGCAGAAAAUCAUCUAUUUGCAAGACUUUAUUUUCCCAGAGAUGGAUGAAAGUAAAAUUUUCAACCUAAAUGAAGUAAAACUUGUUUGUCAGACUGAAUUGUGCAAAUGUGGUGUAAAAAUUUCCAUACCAAAGUAAGGAGAGACCAAUUAUUCUCAUAGAAUACCCAGAGCAGAAUAUAUGCUGAUAUCAUAAAUAGGGUAUACUGUCUGCACUGCCAAAUCUUGGUAAACCUUCUUAUUCUGAAGUAGAAGACUUGCUCAUGUCAAAGUUUUUUCUCUGUCUCUGAAAUCCCUCCAACUAUUUUAAAAAACUGAAUUUGUAGACAUUGUGUAAUCAGUUAUGUACUGAAAAUCUAAUGUGCUUGUGGGGUGCUUGCUUCAGGGCAAGUUAGUUUGCCAAGUUUGUUAUGUUAGCAUGAGCCUAUGGAUUCUGAUUGUCAAAGAAAGGAAGAAUGUUUAUCUGUAGCUAUUCUUGUACCACCAAUAUAUGCAAUGUUGGGAAAAAAUUUCGGUUCCUUUUUUUUUCCUCUUUUGACUGAAGUUUAGGUGAACCAUACUCAAAUGACCACCAAGUCUGUCUUUUUAAAGUUAUGUCAUGAUUGUAUUGUUAAGUGAUUAUGGGGGAGAAAAUGAAGUAAACAUUGUUGAUGAUCCCCAAAUGCAUUGACCAAAUUAAAGUUUCAUAUAAUUUGGGAAUUAGCAGUCCUGAAACUGUUUGAUUGACUUAUGCCAAACAGGUGAUUACUCAUACUCCUCUAAUUAUCUAGCUUUGUUCUUGUCAUUUGAUAGCAUUAUUAUCCAGAUGCCUUCCCAAGUGGAUCCAGUUGGAUGAUAGGUCUAGAAAUUUGAAGAAAAAUUGACACUGCUUUUGUGCUGGGUUGCCCUACUUCAUUUGGUCAUAUAUUGAGGUUGACUUUUUAGAGGGAAAUUUUAAUUCUGAGAUCAUGUAGUAUCCUUGAUAAGUUCUUUUUCUGAUUUACUAUUUCAAAAAAUUUGCCAUCUGUACACAGCCUCUACAUUUUUUGUUUAAAAAGUACAAUAACUUAGAGCAUGCGGAUGUUUCAGUGCACACUGGCCAUCAGUAACAGAAGAUUUGGUGUAUGCUUUGCCAUUGGUGAAAUAAUCUUGCUGAGAAUGAAUAGCAUGUUCAGGAGGUGCUAUGAACAAGAACUUUCAGGUUUAGUAGUGUGUCUUGUGGAGGAUAUUACAUGAUUUGUGUAAUUAUAGGACCCUUUAUCUUGACAGGGCUUGGCACCCAGUUGCAGCCUUAAUAGAUGGGAAUCUAUUUUUCACAGUCUGAUCACCCUUCAUGAGGACAGGGUACAAAAGAUGUUAGAGAAAACGUCUACAAAUUAUGUAGUUCUGUGUCUGUACACUCAACACUGUCCUUUAUCCUCCAUGAUAGAUGAAGGAGACUAGUUGUGUAUCUACUUUCUUUGAUUUUUCUGUAGUAUCUGAUACUUUUUAAAUUGCAUGAUUUUAUUAAGCUUGUAUUCAUUAGGGAAAAGUAUUACUUUUUUAGAUACUUUCGUAGAUUUUGAAUCAAAACUCAGUCCUAAUGACUAAAUUUUUUUGUAGUCUGUAAACUAGUUUCAUUGUGAUGGACUUGAUUAGUUCAAAGUUGAUUUUUAGAAAUUAUUGUGUAGUAUAAUGUCUUCCCAUCUCCAGACUGCUUUCUGAUGGACUGGGUCUGUAGAUGAAAAAAUAAUUCAUGUAUGAAUAGCAUUUCUGAAAGUUAAGAGUGCCUUGUAGAGUUUUUGUUUCUCAAUUUCAUUCUUAAGAUUUAUAAGCUAGGGGCCAAAUAAAUUGGGACCAUCCUCUUCUUGUAUGGAGGUUGAGGCUGUAUCAUGUCCAAGGUUAGAAAAUCACUUGGAAGAAUAGAAACCAAGUGUCCAAAUCUGGACUCAUGGUUUCUCCUUUUCUCAAAGGAACUGUUCUUCCUUUGAGACAACUUUUUGGCAUUUAGGGAAAUAAUAGGAUCUUAGAUCUUUCAAAUUGGCAUUAAAUUGUAGAAAUUAAGAUUUUUUUUUACUCUGAACACAUUGCUGUGUAACUCAGCAGUGAGGAUUGACGUACUGGUUGGGCAGCCUUCCUACCCUUUCCAUUUACAGCACAAAUGACUAGGUGGUGUUUAUGUGGAUUUCUCCUCCCUUUAUUUAAUGUUGAGUCCUAAUAGUUUAGAGUAUUAGGGUCUCUCUACCCU